AUGUGUCAGUCUCUGAUACUGAGGAACGUUGACCAAACGGCGGUAUUUGAUGAGUUGGGAGUGAUAACGGGUCGGGAUGGGUCUCCCGUGGAGGACCACAACAACAACAACAUUGACAAAGACAACAACGACAACAAUGACAACAACAACAACAACAGAGACAACAACGACAAAGACAACAACAAUGACAAUGAUAAUGACAAUGACAAUGACAAUGACAACGACAACAACAGAGACAACAACAACGAUGACAACGACAACAGCAACAACAACGAUAACAAUAACAAUAACAACAGCAACAACAAUAACGACAACAACAGCGACAGCGUCAACGACACAGACAAUAACGACAACGACAGCGACAACGUCAACAACAGCGACACAGACAAUGAUGUCAACGACAGCGACACAGACAAUAACGUCAAUGACAGCGACAACGUCAAAGACACAGACAAUAACGACAACGACAGCGACACAGACAAUGACGUCAACGACAGCGACACAGACAAUAACGUCAAUGACAGCGACAACGUCAAAGACACAGACAAUAACGACAAUGACAGCGACAACGUCAAAGACACAGACAAUAACGACAACGACAGCGACAACGUCAAAGACAGACAAUAA